GAAGUAGGGAGGCGGAGACCAGGCAGGCGCGUUCACACGGUUCGUGGGGAAACCGGCGCUGCCCUUCGCCCUGCAAAGGGAGCGAGCCUGAACCGAUGCGGCUUUUGGGUGGGCUGCGUCGGGGCCAUUGCAACUUUUGAAAGAGCAGCAGCCGGCAAGGAGGAGGAGGGUUUUCUUGGAACGGAGCCCCGUGCGCCCCCGCGCAGCCCCGCCGGGCGUGGUCUCCACUCUCCACCCCUCCUCGCGAACCCGAGCUCUCGUCUCUUUUCCUGCGGCCCCAUGUCCAGCCUCCAGCGGCCCGUGGCUUCUUCCACCCAGGCUCAGCCCGUCUCCUUGAGCGCGGAGCAAGCCAAAGUGGUCCUGGCAGAAGUGAUCAAGGCGUUCGGAGCACCGGAGAACGCCCAGCGCCUGGAGGAGGCGAGGGAGAACGCUGGCAAUGACAUGGGCAAGAUGUUGCAGUUCCUGCUGCCUGUGGCCACCCAGAUCCAGCAAGACGUGAUCAAAGCCUAUGGCUUCAGUAACGACGGGGAAGGAGUCCUCAAAUUUGCCCGCUUAAUAAAAUCUUACGAAUCUCAGGACCCGGAGAUUGCCGGCAUGUCCAGGAAGCUGAAAUCUAUGUUUUUGCCUCCGAUGACUCUCCCCACUCAUGGGGCUGGAACAGGGCCUCUGGCCGCAUCCUGAAACUCUCAGAACCUCUCGGCUUUCCGCUACUAUCCUGGCAACCAUGUCAGUGGCCUGGAGUUUGGGAUAUUCUUUCAGUGCCGUGAGAGGUGCCUUUGGUUUCCUUGUACAGUCUUGGUUCUGCCCUUUCUGUGAAUUUCUUUUGUGCAGGGCAAGAUAAAUAUCUCUCCCAUCAUUUCCCCUCCCCACAACUGAGCCUCUCAGUGCCAAAGUUCCUCAUGGUGGGGAAGCCAUUUUAGCGGCACAUAAAAUGGAAGAAAGAGAAGGUGUUGUACUGUUCUACACAGACUCAUAUUGGAAGCCUGAUAAAUGCUGAGGCUUUAUAUACUUGUGUAAACACACAGACACUGAGCUAUAUAUACACAUACAUACAUACACACACCUCUAAUUUAUAACUUGUAAAUAAUGACUGGAUGUUACGGGGUGAGGGAGUGGCAGAAUUACACGGAUGCUUUCACGCUCUUAUCAAAGUUCAGUGGCACCUUGAAGGUUAGCAGUGUUUUAAUAAGUCUACCAGAAAUUUGAACUGAUUUUACCUCACUGUGAAAUUGCUCAAUCUUUAAGGUGCCACGAAACCCAUGCGUGCUGUGAUUAACAUGCCCCUUUUCCAUUAGAAUUGCUUUCUUCACUCAUCGACACAGAUCUGUGAAGGGAAAGAAUUAAGGCUCUUUGUCUUAUUUUUUGUUUCUCUAGUCCAGGUUCGUGCGGCCUUUUCUUGUUGUGUCGUAAGGGUCUUGAGGUGCUGAGAAAGUCUGAAGUUAAUAAAACGUGAUUUGUUGUGAUGGAUC